AUGGGAAGCGGCGCGGACGGGCGCCCCGGGGCUGCCGCAGGGGCAGGAGAGGGCGCGGAACUACCGCUGGAGGCCCGGCGGGGGCAACGGCGGGCGAGAAAUGACGCAGUAGGAGGGCAGGGACUGGAGCACCCCGGCCCAGCGGGCGAGCGGCGCAGUGGCGAGGGCAGCCCCGGCGAUGGUGCGACGGUGGCUGGCGAGGUGGCGGGCAGGAAGCACCGCCCCUCUCUUCCCCACGCCCCCGCCCCCGAGGCGCCGGCUGCUCCCCAGUCAGAGCCGCGGGUCAACAGGAAGCGCGAGCAAGUGCGGGAAUCCUCGCCUGUGACCGGCCCGGCCCGGCCCGGCCCGCUCCGCACGGGACACUCACCCCGAGCCAGGCGGCAGCGUGAGGCGGCGGGUCACGGGCGGCGCGCGCCAGAAGGAAGGAAGUUAGGAAGGAAGUUAGCAGCCGGCCCCGGCGGCGAGUCCCUGUUAACUCCCUCCCCCAGCCCUGCAGCAGGAAGCCCCGCACAAAGGUUCCGCCUUGGCCGCGCACGGCGCCGGGGCGCGCGGCGGGUAGCCGGCGCAGCUUCCCUCCCUCCGCUGGAAGCUCACGCAGACCCGGCUGCUGCCCAUGGAGGGCUGCCGGCCUCAGGGAUCCCGGCAGCUGAGCGCCGCCCGGCCCGGCAAUCACCCACGGCCGGAUGGGCCCGCCGCUGCGGGGCUCGGCGCGACAACCUUGGACUGCGAAACGAUGCCUGUCGCCUCCCCGCCAAGUCACUCUGCGGCCAGCGCAGAGCCGCCGCGCUGAGGGUGGAGCCGCCCCGCCGUGGCAGCCUGGGGCUGUUACACAUUUGUACAGGUCUAUACACCAGGAUCGCCGUUCCGCUGCAGGUCACCGUGACUGCCCCUCAAAUCCGUACUGCCUGCUGUGCCUUCUGAGUUUACUGCCUCAGCUGUCUGAUUACUGCAGGACCAUCCACUAGUUUAAAAAAAGUAAGGGUAAAAAGUUAAGAUUUUACUACACUUACCUUCUGUGUUAGUAAUAUAUGCUAAAUAAACCUAAAAAGAAA